AAAACGUGACGUCAUGACGCACCGCCGCGUGCGUCUGUUACGUUGCGGAUGUAAACACUGCUCGGUUCACGUGGAGCGGGGGUGGAAAAAACCGGGAAACCCGAAUAUGGCACCGAAGCUGGAGCGUUUUGUUAGUCCGGGAAAAGGUAACGGCCUGCGGGCGGCAGUCCGGGUCCAGAGGGGGGAGCUGGUGUACUGCGCCGCGCCGCUGGCCUGCGUCGUGUCCAACAAAGUGUCCGCAGAUGUCUGCCACCACUGCUUCUCACGACGCGAGACCUUGUUGCGGUGUUCCCAGUGCAAGAUGGCUCGCUACUGCAAUAUCGCUUGCCAGAAACGAGCGUGGUCUGGUCAUAAAAGAGAGUGCACAUGUCUGCACUGCCUCCUACCCAGAAUGCCCACUGACUCGGUCCGUCUGGCUGCUCGACUCCUCUUUGCUUUGUUAAGUCCAUCUAAGAGCAGCAGUGAGGAACUCUACACUUUGGAGGAGCAUGAGUCACAUCUGAGUUCUAUGUCUGAGCACAAGAAAGAAGGUCUGGCUCAGCUGGCAUCCAUGUUAGAGCUGUAUCUACACCAGGAAGUACCUUACCCGGCACAGGAAGUGAUGUCAGCACUCCCCCCUUCCCUCAGAGAACCCUUCAACCUUCUUGCAAAGAUGACGUGUAAUUGUUUCACCAUCAGCGACGGAGAGCUGCAGGAGAUUGGAGUUGGGCUGUAUCCUAGUUUAUCUCUGCUCAACCAUGACUGUCGGCCGAACUGCGUGAUGGUGUUUGUGGGAACUAAACUGCAGCUCCGAGCGGUUCGGGAUAUCAGCCCUGAAGAGGAGCUGACUAUAAGUUACAUUGAGACGUUGUCGCCGACUGAAGAUCGGCAGAGACGGCUGCAGGAACAAUAUCAUUUCACAUGCCGCUGCCAGCAAUGUGACUCUGCACACGAGGACAGACUCAUGCUGUCAGGGCACGAGUCGGCAUGGCGCCUCCUGAAGGAGGCUCUACCCAGACUGGAAGGACUGAAGGCAGAGUCAGAUUGGGGAGCGCUACUGGAGGGCUGUAGUCGUCUCUUAGCGACUGUUGUUGGGGACGUGCCCGAUGAGAACCUGUAUAAACUCAGGAUGACGGACAUGGCUGUAGAUGCUUCCAUCCACCUGGGACACUGGGAGGAGGCUGUGGGACACGGAGAGAAAACACUCCCAGUAUACAGACGGUACUACCCCGAUCCUCAUCCGGUCCACGGGGUCCAGCUGAUGAGAGUCGGAAAGCUGCAACACUACCUGGAACGUAUCGAAGACGCUUUGGACACAUUCAAACAGGCCUAUCAGAUCAUGAAGCUGACCCACGGGGACGAUCACGCCAUGACCAGCGGCCUGCGCGUAAAGAUGGAGGAAUGUCGCACUGAGAUGACGCAACGAUCACCCAGCAGGCGUUGAGACGCAGCCCAGAAACAACUCGUGUUCGUCUAAUUUACUGGACUAACUUCACUUUGUGUCUUAACGUUCUUAAAGUCCUGAUGGAUGUUAUUCGUGUCUCAAUAAACCCCAAUGAACAAAGUAUAGGAAUAUACAUUGUGCCGAGUCUAAAUUGUCAUACAUUAAAGUUGUUUAUGGUCUGAUCUUG